AUGCCGCUUAAGAGUGCCCAAGAUGGCUCUGCGAUGCCCGAGGCACAGGGGCUGAAGUAUAACGAAUCCAAAAUGGCGCUCUUCCAUGCACGACUGUCGUACGACUCCACGAUCGAUGAACGAAAGGCAUCGCAGGAUCCCAACCUUGCGUCGAUCGCCGAGGCUCAAGCCAAGAUACUCAAGCGCUGGGACUUGCUACAGCAGGCCGAAGAGGAGCUUGCCGCACAGGGAAAGAGCUUGUCUCCGACCGAUAAACGACAACUUAUGCAAUAUGCGUGGCGAUUCAAGCAUCUGGAACAGACGGCGACCAAAACCACUGGGGGAUAG